UUCAGGUUUACACUUCGCUGCAAAAUCGACAGCACUGAAAUUUGCACUAGCACCGAUGUGCGUACGAUCAAUGGCUCGAGUUACGUGUGCGUUGAUCCCACUAUAUGGUCUCGAAUGAACAUCAAAACAAAAGAGAUGUCAAGCAAGAUGAAAUUUGUUGAUGAAGUCACGCAGAUCCUUGCCGAUGUACACUGCAAGUGUGGACUAGUGAUCGGCACCGUCAUGAAAUAUGCUGGAACCUAUCUCCCCACGCUGAAUAUUGGCAACCUGAUGUUCUCAGAGCGAAUUGAAGGUCAAGACGCCCCACUGGAAGCCAUCACCAACUGGUCGAAGGCCAAGGAUCGUUUCUGGAUUCCGGAGGCAACAGAACAUGAACUGCGUCAAAUGUUGGUGGCUUUGAAUGCGGAAAACAGCGAAGGCAAAAUUGAACUCGAUGUGAUGUGCGACAAAAUGAUAGCCAUCCAGGAGAAGUUGCUUGAAAAGGAACGCAAGAGAAAGGAAGAGAUGCGGCGAAUCAAAACUGAAUGUGGAACCUAUCUCCCCACGCUGAAUAUUGGCAACCUGAUGUUCUCAGAGCGAAUUGAAGGUCAAGACGCCCCACUGGAAGCCAUCACCAACUGGUCGAAGGCCAAGGAUCGUUUCUGGAUUCCGGAGGCAACAGAACAUGAACUGCGUCAAAUGUUGGUGGCUUUGAAUGCGGAAAACAGCGAAGGCAAAAUUGAACUCGAUGUGAUGUGCGACAAAAUGAUAGCCAUCCAGGAGAAGUUGCUUGAAAAGGAACGCAAGAGAAAGGAAGAGAUGCGGCGAAUCAAAACUGAAUGGUAA